CCCCGAAUCCAUUAAAAACCUUGAUGUAUUGGGGAGUUAGAGGCUUUUAUGUUUAACGUUAAUUGCGUUAAAGGUUGGUGCAGUUUUGUGAAAAGUGUAGAAAUAGGGUAAGGCCGCGUGUGAUGGAGUUUAGGUCAGGGAAGGCCGGAUGGCGGAGCGGGUCACGCGGAGGUUGAGAGCCGAGCCGAGCCGGGUUCAGAGAAAGUUCAGCCGCAUGGCAUUAGGCAAAUGAGGGGGAGAAAAGAAGAAAAAAGGGGCGCAGAAAAGGCGUUUGAGCGAUGAGGGAGCCAGAGAGGGGGCAAAUUAGUUUAGAAGAAGCCCAUUUAGAGAAGAGCCAAGGCGGAUCACACUACCGUUGUUGUUUCCAAGUAGAAGACUAGCAAACAUGUUGGAGUCCAGCAACCGUUUAGAGCUACAACACACAAACUCUAAUACGGAAAAUUAGAACUUUUAGUAUAAAAAUCCAGGGAAAAAAUAGCAGUGCGGAGUAUUUUAAACAACACAUUAAAUCUAAUUUGUUCUCGAGGGGUUGUUUUUUUUCUUUUCGAUUGUAGUUUUUGUAGGUUCUAUCCUCCUCAAGUAUUAGACGCUCGUUUUAACCUCUUUGUUUCGUUUUUUUUAUUUGCCAUCACUUUCUUUUCGUAAUGCCUGAAACUAAUCCCGAUUAAAAUUUUUGUAUGUGUUUAUCUAUUUACUUAUCGAUUUAUUUAUUUAUUUAUUUAUUUGAUCCGUUGCUAACGUCCAAAAAGGUUGCACACUAGUCUUAACAAUAAAAUCUAAUCAAAUCAAACCGAACAAUAAAGUUUAUCGAAAGCUAACAAAUCUAGGACGUAUUCUUGUAGUUACGUCGAAAUCUUGUGCAUUCAGAUUGAAUCGAUUUGGAUUCGACGUCAUUUUAGACGCGGACUUUUUGACCUUUAACGCUCCGCUGUCGGUUUCGUGUCUCCACGUGAGAAUCCGGUCCGAGAAACAACGGAUUAGCUCGUGUAAGGAAAAUGAACUGACUUUGUGAACGGUGUGAUAUUUAUAAAGUCUGUAUAACGGUACCUUUAUAUAACCUUGAGUUUAUAAUUUGUCUAAAAUUUCAAAUUUUUUUAAAAACCCAGAAUUAUGCUAAGCUAAUCUACCGUACUGUGUGCACUACCUACUACAGUGCAUGUCUCCAUUUAAACAGCUGUAAUUUUACUUCACACUGAUUCGUUGAGCAGUAAACAGUGAGGUAAUUAAUUGAUUUGUCCCUCUUCGGUUUCAUUUGAAUGAAAUAAGCGGUCUGGGGUUUAGUUUUAUUGUUCAUCUCCGUCAUUGUACAUUUUUAGUGAGAGUGAGAGGAGGGGGGAGGGGGGAGGGGGCGUGGUAUAGCACUCAGCUGCGCCGUUUUCGUCACAGCCCCCACCUUCUUCUUCCUUCCAAGGGGCGGGGCCUGGAGCUCAGCUGCGCGCUCUCGUCAAUUAUCCGCGCGCCGAAGAGAGAGAAGCGACGCAGCCGCGAGCGACCGGGCGCGAGCUCAGGAGUGCUACCUGGGAACGUAAACACGACGCCGAGAAAACGUGUUUUUUGUUUUUGUUUUUGUUUUUAACGCGAAGGAGGUGAAACGGCGGGAUAAAAUGGCUCCGGUGUGAAAGGAGGAGACACGCGCACGGGAAAAGGGGAGAGAGAGACAUCAGCGCUCGCGACUUGCAUUUCCUGCGCGUGGAUUUCUUUCCACUCAUACACACACACACACACGCGCGCGCGCGCGCGCGGCUUAAACUUUGUUUAUCCGUUUCGAAACCCAAGCUUUGGAUUAAACUUGGUCAUCAUUUGGGUGAAAAACUCCUUGGAUACUUUUUUUUUUUCUUCUUCUACUUUUUUUUUUUUUUGGAAUAAUUCCUAUCAGUGAACACAACCCAAAGUCCAUCAUGGACACUUUGUACUUGGUGAUUUGAUGCUUAUACACACACACACACACACACACACACUUGUGAUCACUGAUCAUUGAUCUCGAGCUCCAUCCUGAAGACUUGAGGAGAACAUGUACGAGGGCAUGGACGUGGUGGGUUUGCACCCUGCCCCGAACCCCUUCCUCAUGAUGGAGUAUUACGGCCAGAGGUUCCCCAACACGCCCUGGAGCGCCUCCAAGCACUCCGUGGAGACGCAGAGCACGAGCUCAGAGGAAAUUGUCCCCAGUCCGCCGUCUCCUCCGCCGCCACCGAGAGUCUACAAACCCUGCUUCGUCUGCCAGGACAAAUCCUCCGGCUACCACUACGGCGUCAGUGCCUGCGAAGGCUGCAAGGGGUUUUUCCGCAGGAGCAUCCAGAAGAACAUGGUGUACACGUGUCACCGGGAAAAGAGCUGCAUCAUCAACAAGGUGACGCGGAACCGCUGCCAGUACUGCCGCCUGCAGAAGUGUCUGGAAGUCGGCAUGUCCAAGGAGUCGGUGCGGAACGACAGGAACAAGAAGAAGAAGGAGGAGAAGAAGGUGGAGUGCGUGGAGAGCGGCGUGUUGAGCGCCGACACAGAGCUGAUGAUCGAGCGUGUGAGGAAAGCGCACCAGGACACUUUCCCCUCGCUCUGUCAGCUCGGCAAAUACACAACGAGUAACAGUUCAGAGCGACGUGUCUCGCUAGACGUGGAUCUGUGGGAUAAAUUCAGCGAGCUCUCCACCAAGUGCAUCAUCAAGACGGUGGAGUUCGCUAAGCAGCUUCCCGGCUUCACCACGCUCUCCAUCGCCGACCAGAUCACGCUGCUCAAAGCCGCCUGCCUCGACAUCCUGAUUCUUCGCAUCUGCACGCGCUACACACCUGAGCAGGACACCAUGACGUUCUCGGACGGUUUGACGCUGAACCGCACGCAGAUGCACAACGCCGGCUUCGGGCCGCUCACGGACCUGGUGUUCGCCUUCGCCAACCAGCUGCUACCGCUCGAGAUGGACGACGCAGAGACGGGCCUGCUCAGCGCCAUCUGCCUGCUGUGUGGGGAUCGUCAGGAUCUGGAGGAGGCCGAUAAGGUGGACGUGCUGCAGGAGCCGCUGUUGGAGGCUCUGAAACUCUAUGUGAGGAAGAGGAGGCCACACAAACCCCACAUGUUCCCCAAGAUGCUGAUGAAGAUCACAGACCUGCGGAGCAUCAGCGCCAAGGGAGCGGAGCGAGUGAUCACGCUGAAGAUGGAGAUCCCUGGCUCGAUGCCUCCUCUCAUCCAGGAGAUGCUGGAGAACUCGGAGGGGUUGGAGAGCACAGGGGGAGGAGCCAGCUCACGGUCAAACCCCGCCCCCUCGGGCAGCUGUAGUCCCUCGCCCUCGCCCAGCUCCGCCCACAGCAGCCCAUCCACUCAAUCGCCCUGACACACACACACACCCUAUAUCCUCCUCUUCCUCUUAGCUCCGCCCACUAACUGCUGCAGGGGCUCGGUCGUCCACCGCUUCCUGCCUCUCUCUCUCUCGCUCACCCCUUCUCUCUCUCCGCUGCUGUAAAGACUCAUCAGACAGACGGAGGAGAGAAAAGACACGAAAAAAGCGAACGAGAGCGAAGAACUCAGAACUCAGUGUGGACUUUUUUUGUUUUUUUUGCGUUUUUUUUUUUUCUUCACUUUCUUCCUCCAACAUCUCAGGCCUGGACAUCACCACGACGAAUGAACGAUGGACUUGGCCUAACUUCCAAGGCUGUUUUUUUGGGUUAAUUUUUUUUUUUUUACAAAAAAAAAAAGAAAAAAUAUAUAUAUAAC